CUAACGUAAGCUCGCCUUCUCUUUCUACCCCUCUCCCCCUAGCGACCUGCUUGUAAGCGCUCCAUGGCUGAGAGAUCAGCUUCGCCUGAAUCAGAUCCCAAUGAAGGCAAGCGUGACAAAAGGAGGAGAGUCGACGACGUAUCGACGACGGAAGCGAGCUUCUCCCCCUCGCCCUCGCCCUCUCCCUCUCCCUCUCGCCCUCUUCCACUCUCGCCCUCUCCCCCCCUCCCCCUUGGCGACGACCCGGUGGGCCAGGGCCAGGGCCAGGGCCACUCCAUUGUGCGCCCUCCACAUAAUACGGCUGAGGGAUUAGCUACAUCGCUCGAAUCAGAUCCCGGGGAAGGGAGGGCUGACAAAAGGAAGAGAGUCGACGACGACGACGUAGCAUCGACGCCGGAAACGGGGACGGACGACCUCUCCUCCUCUACCUCUCGCCCUCUCAUCUUCUCCCCCUCUCCUCCUCGCCCCUGUUUCGACCUCUCGGGGGGCGAUGACCCGGAGAUUGCAAGCGCUGUUCCAUGGACGAGAAUGGACGAAAUACCGACGGCAGAGGAACGGACUACGAUUCAAUUGGGGAUCGUAAUUAUUAAUGAGGGCAGGAGUGGUGAACUCUUCAUGUCAAGGAAAGAGAUGGGAAAGGGAAGUAAUGGUACCACCGUUUUCGAGGGCCUUUAUGGUGAACUACCUGUUGCGGUGAAGCGAUUAAUCCGGGGUCAUCUUAAUGUUUCCUUCGACGUGAUUUACCGUUUGAUGGCACAUUACCCACUUCAUCCAAAUAUUGUGGAGUAUUAUGGAGCGAAUUUUGAUCUGGAUUUCUUGUAUCUGGCGCUGGAGAGAUGUACUUGCAGUUUAUAUGAUUUAGUCGUAGCACUUUCAGACUCAGAUUUGUCUGCCUCUUAUCCACCAUCGAUGAUUAAAUAUAAAAACAAUUUGGAAUCUCUUAGAGAUACGAUGGAGGAUGUUAACUUGUGGACUGAUGGGCAUCCCUCACCUUUGUUGCUGAAACUGAUAAGGGAAGUGGUAUCGGGACUCAAUCAUUUGCACUAUUUGGAAAUAAUCCAUAGGGACUUAAAGCCUCAAAAUAUCUUGAUCACUGGGAAACCGUUAGUUGCUAAGCUUUCUGAUAUAGGCAUUAGUAAAUGGGAUAAAUUUUCCUUGGGAUAUCAUGCCACCUGUUGUGGAACAUCAGGAUGGCGAGCACCUGAGCAGCUUCUUAAUGAGCGUCAAACAUCAGCGAUGGAUUUGUUCAGCUUAGGCUCUGUGUUGUUUUUUUGUCUUACCGGUGGAAGACAUCCAUUUGGUGAAGGUGAAGAACGUGACAUCAAUAUUCGGAAUAACAAAAUGGAUCUGUCCUCGGUGGAAUUCAUGCCAGAAGCUCAUGAUUUAAUUUUGCAUUUGCUAAACCCGCUUCCUAAAUUGAGGCCAAAGGCAUCGGAGGUGCUUCACCAUCCAUUUUUUUGGAGCUUAGAGAAGAGAAUUUCCUUUCUUGUUGACACCAGCGAUAGAAUAAUACUGGAAGCUGAUACCGCACCCAAUUCAGAUCUUCUGGGAGCAAUGGAGAAUACUGCACCACUGGUUUUGGAUGGAAAUGACUUUAGCCGAGUGAGAGACUUGUUGCAAUCAGUGCGAAAUAACUGGGAGCUCUACCAAGAAGUUUCAGAAAAAGUUGAGGACAUAUACUUCACUAAACGAUAUCCGAGACUCUUGAUAGAGACAUAUGGAGUGGUGUCCAAGUUUUGCAAAGAAGAGGAACGCUUUCAGGAGUACUUUGGAAGAGAUGCGCUUUGACUCCUUUGGCCAACUUCUCACGGGAUUCCUUCCUGAAUUCAGUUGGUGGUGGCCAUGUUGCAAAAGUUCCUCAAACAUUUUGUUUAUUCCAUCUGUUGUUUGUGUUGUGAUCACUGUCUUGAUCACGAGGAUUAAAGUCGGACGAGCUUAGUUACCUGUUUGAAUAUGGAAUGAAUUGUUC